GGAUGUGACCGGUGGUAUCGUUCCGGUUCAGAUACCGAUGAGCUGGCUGACGGACGGCAGCAGACCCGCGUCUUUAACCCGUGUUUUCUGUGACUUACUGUAACGGUUUCUCGAUGAUGGGGGUCUGUGCGGCUCCGUGCAGGUCCCUGCUGGUCUCCCUGACCCUGCUGGUCUCUGCGGUCCCCUCUCUGACCGCCUGGGACGCGGAUCUGGAGCUGCUGGACCUGGUGGAGGAGAUCCCGCAGACCUUCUACCAGUUCCUGUCCCUGGACCAGGAUGCGUCAGCAGCAGAGAUAAAGAAGGCGUAUCGACGUCUGUCUCUCAUUCUGCAUCCUGACAAGAACAAAGAUGAAAACGCAGAAACUCAGUUCCGACAGUUGGUGGCCAUUUAUGAAGUCCUGAAGGACGAGGAGAGACGACGCAAGUAUGAUGACAUUCUGGUGAAUGGCCUUCCUGAUUGGCGGCAGCCGGUCUUCUACUACAGACGAGUGAGAAAGAUGAGUAACGCUGAGCUGGCCUUCCUCCUCUUCCUCAUCCUCACUGUGGGCCACUAUGCUGUCAUCUGGUCCAUAUACCUGGAGAAACAGCUGGAUGAGCUGCUGAGUAAGAAAAAGAAAGAGAAGAAGAAGAAGCUGAGCUCCAGACCUGCAGAGGACCUCAGGUGUAUCGGCCAGGACCGGACCGACAGAGUUCAGGACCGACCUCACUGGCAGGACAUCCUCCCUCUGAAGCUGAGCAUCUGGCUGUAUCUGUCCAUCAAAAACCUGCCACAGACCGUCCAGGAGGUAAAGCAGUACUAUGAGGACUACCAGCAGAUGAAGCAGCAGCAGCAAAGAGAAGAUGCUGAAGCUGAACAGGAAGCUGCCCCCAGAGAGAAGAGGCCGAAGGUCAAAAAGCCGAAGGUGGAGUUUCCUGUUUACGAGCCGUCAUCAGACCACCUGAAGUACCAGAGUUAUGAUCAGACCACGUCCAUCGAGGAGAUCGAAGACCAGAUGGAUGACUGGCUACAGGACCGCAAAGCUGCAAAGAAGAAGGCUGCAGACUGGAUGGAGGACGAGCUCAGCCUCCUCAGCAGGUUGAUGGUUAAAUUUCCUGGAGGAACUCCGGGUCGCUGGGAGAAGAUAGCUCAAGAACUGGGACGAUCGGUGACCGAUGUUACGACUAAAGUCAAACAGCUGAAAGACAACGUGAGCUACACCUCAGGUCCGGUGAAGCUGUCGGAGCUGAAGGGACCUCUUCUUCCUGUGAGGUCACUUCCUGUUGCUGACAGUGUGAUGACUCAGAGAGGGGGCGAAGCCUACGAAGAGGAGGAGGAGGAGGAGGAAGAGACCGCUGCGGCAGUCAGGAGGAGGAACAGGAAGUCAGCAGCCACAGACGGUGGGGAGGUGAAGGUCAGAGGUCGUCGGCAGAGAGAUUUCGACCCAGCGGCGGUGGAGGAGGAGGUGGUGGAGCCUCAGGAGAAUAGGGAGAAGGCAGACCCUGCUGUCUGGACUCAGAACCAACAGAAACUGCUGGAACUCGCUCUGCAACAGUUUCCCAGAGGAACCGCAGAACGCUGGGACCGCAUCUCCAAGGUGGUCCCCGGGAAGACCAAGGAGGAGUGUAUGAUUCGUUAUAAGAUGUUGGCGGAACUCAUUCAGAAGAAGAAACAGGCCAAAAGCUGAUAAAAGUGACUUGUCAGGUUAACUGUCAGCAGUGUUUUAUUUCUGUCCAGGUGAGCUGCCUCCUGAUUGGACUGAAUUAUAAUUAGUUUGUUUUUUGUUUUUUAUCUGUGUGACGUGGCGUCUCACCUGCUCAGGUGUGUUUUAUAACUUGUUUCAAAGGAAGCAGGUAACUAGUUUGAACCCACCUGACCUCUGACCUCACAGCUUCAUGUGCCUUAGCUCCGUUCAGCAUGCUGUCAAUCAACUUCUGUUCCACUGAUCAAUAAAAAGUAUUUAUUA